AAAAAGGAAAAGUGUUGGGAAGGGGCAUAAGAAAAGAUUAUGUAAUAAUUUGGAGCAUUCCCCACUUUCACGUGAGUGGAGUAGGACUUGAAAUCCAGCUGCUUCCCACUACUACUGUUAGCGGAUAUACUCACUCUUUCAACAACAAAUGUCUGAAAGCUGAACAACCGAAGAAACAGAAAGCUCAAACAAUGCAAAGGGCAACGGCAGCACUCCUCCCUCUGUUGCUACAUAUAAUCAGCCUCGCCACCACUUGCGGUGGCUCCACGGUGUCCUCCGACGCGGUGUGGUUGCUGUCGUUUAAACGGGAAGCGGACCAAGACAACAGGCUCCUCUACACUCUGAACGAGCCGUACGACUACUGCGAGUGGGAGGGCGUGAAGUGUGCACAAGGGAGAGUGGUCCGUUUCGUGGUCCAGUCCAUGGGCCUGCGCGGCCCAUUCCCUCCGGACACCCUGACGAAGCUGGACCAGCUCCGCGUGAUGAGCCUCCGUAACAACUCCCUCUACGGGCCCAUCCCUGAUCUCUCCUCUCUCACCAACCUCAAGGCUCUCUUCCUCGACCACAACAACUUCUCCGGUUCCUUCCCUCCUUCCCUCCUCCUCCUCCACCGCAUCCUCACUCUCUCCCUCUCUCACAACAAUCUCUCCGGUUCAAUCCCGGUUCGGCUCACUCUCCUCGACCGUCUCAUAGCCCUCCGUCUCGACUCCAACAACUUCUCCGGCACGCUCCCUCCUCUCAACCAAACCGCUCUCAAACUGCUCAAUGUCUCCAACAACAACCUGACCGGUCCUGUUCCCGUUACUCCGACCCUCUCUAAACUCAACGCCGCCUCCUUUUCGGGAAACCCUGGCCUCUGCGGGGAGAUUGUUCACCGAGAGUGUGGCUCGCGCUCCCGCUUCUUCGGCCCCGCCACGUCCACCUCCACGGCGCCGUUGAGUCAGAGCGAACAGUCUCAGGGUAUUUUGGUUGUGCCUGCUUCCGCCCAAACAAAGCGUCAUCGAAAGACUGGGCUGCUGGUUGUGGGCUUUGUUGUGGCGGGUGUUCUUGUGAGUGUUUUUGUUGUGUCUGUGGUUUCGCUUGUGAGGAGGAGGCAGGCGGCGGCGGGGAAAGCGGUUGUUGCGGAGGGGGGUGAGGUGGAGGGGGUUGUGGAGGAGGAGGAGAGGGAGGUGAAGGUGAGGAGGAUGGAGGAGGCGCACAGGAGUGGGAAACUUGUGUUCUGCUGCGGGGAGGUGCAGCAGUAUACGCUGGAGAUGCUGAUGCGGGCUUCGGCGGAGUUGCUGGGGAGGGGGAGCGUGGGGACGACGUACAAGGCGGUGCUGGAUUCGCGGUUGAUUGUGACGGUGAAGAGGUUGGAUGGGGGGAAGAGUGGGGGGAGUGAUGGAGUAGUGUUUGAGCGCCACAUGGAGGCUGUGGGGAGGCUUCGCCACCCCAAUUUGGUUCCUUUGAGGGCUUAUUUUCAGGCCAAGGGAGAGAGGCUUGUCAUAUAUGAUUAUCAGCCCAAUGGCAGCAUCUUCAACCUCGUUCACGGUGCUGCAUGUGCAGGUUCAAGAUCGGCGAGGGCGAAGCCUUUGCAUUGGACAUCAUGCUUGAAAAUAGCCGAAGAUGUGGCACACGGACUUGCUUAUAUACAUCAAGUUUCAACUCUAAUUCAUGGCAACCUGAAAUCUUCUAACGUUCUUCUUGGGACGGGCUUUGAAGCCUGUAUUACGGACUAUUGUUUGUCCCUCUUUGCAGAUUCUUCGUUCACUGAAGAUCCCGAUUCUGCGGCUUAUAGAGCACCCGAGGCUCGCAACUCUAGCGGCAGAGCCACAUCCAAGUCUGAUGUUUAUGCUUUUGGAGUGCUUCUACUAGAGCUUUUGACCGGUAAACACCCUUCCCAACAACCUUUUCUUGCACCAGCGGAUUUGCAAGAUUGGGUGAGAACAAUGAGAGAUGAUGAUGGCAGUGAAGACAACCGGCUAGAGAUGCUCACGGAGGUUGCCAGUAUUUGCAGUGCAACCUCGCCGGAGCAGAGGCCAGCAAUGUGGCAAGUCCUUAAGAUGAUACAGGGAAUAAAGGACAGCGUUUCGAUGGAGGAUAAUUCAUUUACCGGGCUCUCUUAGUUUCUGAACUAUAUCUAUCUAAACCUGACUGGAUUGUGUGCGGAGAAGUUAAUCACACCUUGUCCUCAUCUUGAAAAUGAAAGAAAUUUCUCGUGGACGGACUUAGACGAGUGAUUUUGCAAGCCAGGUUAAAAAGCAAGCACUCAUUUUUGCCGAAAUCUCUAUACAGUGAAAAAAGCAGAAGCAUCGGAUGUUCUGUUAUCUGCCGGGGCUGGUUUGUGCAUUUUUUUAGUUCUAUAGACACAGUGACAUAGAAUUUUAAUGAAUUUGAGCUUAUUGAAAUUUUCUUCGUUUCUCUGACAACCAAGGGACGUUGGCAGUAGAAAAAAAAAACUGAAAAAGGUUUAAUGGAGACUUGACUGGUAGGGAUGUUUGAAGGAAAGCUUAAAAUACCUUUAAUCUUAGCACAGUAGUACUUUUUGUUGUUUAUGUGUAUAUUGAAUAUAUAUUUGAAAAUCAAAAAAUUACUUUUAAAUUUU